AUGAGCUACUACGGCAGCUACUACGGAGGCCGCGGCUACGGCUGGGGCGGCUUUGGCUAUGGCUAUGGCUAUGGCUCCGGCUGGGGCUGGGGCGGCCUUGGCUAUGGCUAUGGCUCCGGCUGGGGCUGGGGCGGCCUUGGUGGCCUGGGCUGUGGCUGUGGCUACAGGAGCUGUGGCUGCUGGCGUCCGUGCUGCUGUGGGGGAUACGGAUACUCUGGCUUCUACUGA